CCGACAUCAUGGCAGCAAGCGCCAUCCUUCUGCUGCUGUUUGCGUUACUGGGGUUUGGCUCAGCUGAGGACUUUUAUGGAGAUAGUGUUAGUUUUGUUCAUCCACACAAGGACCCUGAUGGAUAUUUUAAGGUAGCCUUUCAUCACAGACAGAAUGGCAGGAAUCAUUGUGAUUAUCCGUCAUCCUAUACAUGCAUGGAGUGUACGAGCUUCGACAACAGCAGCGUCAUGCAAACAGACCAGGACAACUCAGGCCAGGACAGGUGGUGUCAGUCUGAAGGACAUACGAUGGCCAAAGUCUCCUUGGACGCUUCAUACAUUUCCCUAAGUAAUGCAGGUUGCUGCUGGGCAUCUAACAACGAUGCAAAAACAAAUUGGACAGGCCAUGCCCAUUUGGACCUCAGUACUCGAUCUGACACCAAAGAUUUUAACAAUUGUCCUGUAACUACGACGGUUUCCUCACUAAGGGUGCCCCAGAACUGUUUUUCAGAGAUUCAUCUUUUGGCUUAUGAUCCAGAUGGAGAUAAUGUGAAGUGUCGUUUAGUUGCAGAUGUUGCAGUUCAUGCUAACAUUACUCUGAAUACGUCUACCUGCACACUAGACAAAACAGGGGAGGUCAGUGCUGGUGUCUAUGUGUUUGAGUUGAUGCUUGACGACUUCCCCACAAAAAACCUUAAUUUAUCCUACGCAAAUGGAACUUCUACAUAUUGGGAGAGCUCUAAUGAAAAUUCACCACCACUCUGCAGCCUAAAACUGCAGUUUCUAUUAGAAAUCCUCUCACCAUUGCCAGUCUGCAAACUUGGUCAUGUGCUGCCCAAAUACUUGUACCCAACACCCAAACAUGGCGAUGUGCUUCAUGCCACAGUGGGACACAAAUUCAUGCUUCAUGCAGAAGCGCAGGCUCACCAUGCCACCAUUACUGACUUCCAGGUCAGCGUCCCUUAUGACAUGACUAAAGAGUUCAGUGAUGAUCAACAUGGAAAAGCUGGGCUUAAGCUGACCUGGACACCACAACACAGUGAUGUGGACCGAGUUGCUCCAGUCUGCUUCACUGCCGAGACAAAUGAAUCUCAAUCAGAGAUGAGGUGUGUUGCAGUUGUGGUGAGCGAACCGACGCCCUUCCAUGGUAAAACGGAUGUGACGUGCAUGGCAGACAAGAUGAUGGUUGCCAUUGAGAGAUCUACAUUGCCUGAUGUGGAUGUGAACUAUAUCUCGCUUAUGGAUCCGUCAUGCUUGGUCACUCAUAAUGAUACUCAUAUCAUGGGAUCAAUGAUGUUCGGCAACUGUGGCACUACAUUUGAGGAAUCAGACAACUACAUAUUCUUCAAGAAUCAGAUCCAAACAUUACGCAAGCCAGAUCAAGUUGUAAUCCGAAGAAAGUCAGUGAAGAUCAGCUUUUCUUGCCAGUUCCCCAAAACCGCCAGCAUCUCGUCCAGUUACAAUGUCCAGAAGUCCAACUACGUUUUCAGCGACUCUGAACUGGACAGCUUCAGUUAUUCUUUCGACGUGUAUACUGAUGGCAACUUCACAGCUAAAGUGCAGCCUAAUGCCUAUCCAGUGGAAGUUGAGUUUCUACAAAAGAUCUUUUUAGGCAUCAAGGCUGACUCAGAACUAGCCAAUGUGAGUUUCUUUGUGGAGUCAUGCAAAGCCACCCCAGAUGACAACCCUGACAACGCCAUCUUCUAUGACCUUAUCAAGGAAGGAUGUCUGAAAGAUGAGUCUCUAAAAGUCCAAGCAGUUGAUUCAAUGACAUUCCACAUGGAGGUUGAAGCCUUCAGAUUUGAUGGAAGCAAUGAUCAGGUGUACAUUACCUGCACUGUCCUCAUCUGCGACACCAACAAUCCGUUCUCCAGAUGUGCCAUGGGAUGUCACAACGAGGCGUUCCGCAGACGCAGGAGAUCAGUGGGUGUGCAGUCCUCUAUCCAGUCCCUCAUGCAGGGUCCAUUUCAGUUUGUCUACGAGGCUCUUCCGAUUGCUACUGUAAACCACGAGGAUGUCAUGAUGAAGGUAGCUGAUGCUGAGGAGAUGAAGGCCGCCGAACGGGUGAAGAUUGCUGAGAUAGAGAACAAUCCUCUGAUGAAAAAGAGUGACAUGCUUUUGCCAGUUUCUUCAGAAACCCAAGGACACAUGGCAAUCAAGGAGAUGCUCAGCAGCAACAUCAGCACUGGGCUCUUUGCUGCGGCGUGCUCAUUGUCCGUAGUAGUGUUGGCAGCGGUUGUCGCCUAUUACAAUCGAAAGAGCAAAGAAGACGACCAGAAGCCUCUUCUGCGUGGUUACUGAAUGGGAUAACUGAAUCCUGCUAUCGAUAAUUUAUGUCCUUUAGUCUAACUUUCCCUUUUACAAACUGAUUCAAAUCCUGAUAAUGGAGAAAAUGGAGAGACAUUAUUAUCUUUUUCCAAUAUUUUACAUGCCAUUAUCUUUGAUGGUGGAUGAUUUGACACGGGCCUGGAUCUUUUGGAAGCUGGACAUUAACUAACAAAAGUUAUUCACAGUAAAGUCAAGUAUUUUAGGGCGAACUUUCCCAUGAAUACAAAUUCAGAAAGUUGAUAAAUGACGAUAAAAUAACGAUUGUUGUAGAUACAUCAUGCAGUACUUAGAAUUGAAUGACAUAGUUUCUGCCGUGUGACAAUCACAUCUCCAAAUUGGAUGAGAUUGGCCUAUUUAUUAAAAUGGGCAAAUAGUACAGUGUUCCCUCGUCACUUCACGGUAUAUUUUUAGUACAUUGUAGUACGAUUUUAUACCAAACUACAUAGGGCAGGCCUGGGCAAUUAUUUUGACUCGGGGCCACAUUUAGAGAAAAAAAUGUUUCUGGGGGCCGGUGUAUCUAUUUUUAGGAACACUAAUACAAAACCUCACAAAAUAAACCCACCUACAAUCUGAUACAUCUGAUAUUUGCUGAAUUCCCCCAAGGGAUCAAUAAAGUACUUUCUAUUAUAUUCUAUUCUAUAUACUGUAUCACUAAGCUUUAGAACUUUGUUGUGAAAAUCUCCUUCCGCGUCUGUGGAAACACUUCCCGCCCACACUGCUUGGUGCCUCGUCUGAGCUGCUGUGACAUGGAUGACCAUAGUAACUAAUUAGAUGACCAUAGCAACUAAUUACAUGACCAUAGUAACUAAUUAGAUUACCAUAGUAACUAGUAUAUCAUGCAAAAGUGCAGAUUCUAAUCAUUGAAAUACUUAGUAUAGUUGAAGACUUACGGUCAUUUGAAAACAUCACUGCACAUCAUAAUGGCAGCUACACUUUCCAUCUUAAAGAUCUAAAAAAAUUAUUUGGGAAUGUCCGGCGGGCCAGAUUGAAAAGCUCAACGGGCCGCAUGUGGCCCCCGGGCCUUAAUUUGCCCAGGUCUGAUAUAGGGUUUAGAGUGUUUAAGGUGUUUUAAAAGCAUUGGAAGUGUUUAUAAGUGUGUGUAAAAGCUUUGUGGAGUGUGUGGAUGCCUUAUAAAGUUAAUAAAUGCAUAUAAUAUUAAUAAAAAUUACAAAUUGAAUAGCAUUCCUAUUUAGCAGAACUUCACUUAACACUGGAACGUAACCCCCGUGAUAAUCGAGGGAACACUGUAUAAUUAAAGAAACAACAGUAUUAUCUGAAAAUCAACUGAUGACAAUGCCAUUUGAAAAAUAUAAUAUGAAAAGACAAAGUUGUAUGCUGAAACACAUACAAUUACACUUUUAUGUAUGAAUAGAAGAUUAGAACCUAAGACACCACGGAUCACCUUUCAAGCUAUUUUUAUAAAAAUAGCUAUUUUAUCUCUUUUUAGUCUGACUGACUAGACUGACUGUUUUUAGCAUACAAACAUCAUCUUACUCCUUACUCACCUUGCAGGUCAGUGUCAUCAUUCUAAGUCUUUAUUUCCUGUGUCUCUACACUGUUUACAAACAUAUAUAUGCAGAAAUCAUAAAAAUAAAGUGCUUAAAAAAUCGUACUCCUUACUCACCUUGCAGGUCAACGUCAUCAUUCUAAGUCUUUAUUUCCUAAGUCUUUACACUGUUUACUAACAUAUACUGUAUAUGCAGAAAUCAUAAAAAUAAAGUGCUUAAAAAUAUAUAAAGAUUUAGCUUGUUGUUGACAGCAGGGAAUAAGUUAAGAAAUGAAAGCAGCUGUAAAUGUUAACAUUGUGAAUGCUUCUGAAUGUUUGUUUAAAUAACACGGGCCGAUUCAGGCCACAGCUAAACACAAACUGGACCAGUUUGGCUGCAUGUGCAGUAGUUUAAAGCUGUCAAUCAAAUCUACUUACAUAAAACUAAAUUCCAUUCAAUCUUGUUUACCCGUUUUUGAAUAGCACAAUAUCACAUGUCAACAUUGUGAGGGGUCCCAGCAACAGACACUGACAAUAAAAACAUCACAUACCACAUAACACAUGUAGCCAUUCUUAAAAUAGGUGAAAUAGUUGCACUUGUAUUAUUCAACCCUCGUUGUAUACUGCAGAUGCUAUUGUAAGAUUAACUAAUGAAAAUUCAAGACGUUUCAAUUAUCCUAAACAGUACCUAUGAGUGUGUAAGGUCAAGUGUUGGCAUCAUGAUUGUGGUUACUUGAAACGAUCUCAGAAUAUUAUGAGGUACAAAAUGUUGUUAUAAUAGCACGGUAGCUUUUCGUUGAUUCAACGCUAAUAAUGUCUUGGGCUUAACAUUUCAUAGGCACAACACAAAUAUUUAGUUGACACUUGACACAUACAAAAUAUAUUUUACGGUAAUUUUAAAAUGCAUGGAAAGUGUUGCUGACAUUAAACCCUUACAGGUGCAUCUCAAAAAGGUACAAUAUUAUGGAAGUUAUUAUCUUAGCAGUUCAAAUCAAAAAAUUUACUUGAGUCAUGAACAAGGACUGAGCGACUCAUACCACAAAAAAGACUUUGAACUCCUUUUGUGAAUUAAAUGACAGUUGAAUAAAACUUAUUUCGAAUAAUCCUCCAACUGACAAAGACCAGCAGUGACGCUGUGGCGCAUUUGCUGAAAUGUGAGCUAAAAAAUAAAGCUCCUGUAG